GGAGCAUGGAAGGCAGACUUGUUGAAACAGAACAUCCCCUUUACUUCAACUGUAACUCCCUUAGACGUUUUAGCAGACGAAGCGGAUAUCGCGCUGUGGAAAAAUGAGGGGCUGCCGGCAGAUCGCAUUUCCAUAGAAAACGCAGCAAUCGUUAACUCCUGCAUGAGGUGGCCGUUGUUGAUCGACCCGCAGCUGCAGGGGACUCGCUGGGUGAAGCAGCGCGGCAGGGAUAGUUUGAUAACAGUGUCAGUGAAUCGCGACCGUUGGCUGAAUAAAGUCAUUGACGCAAUCAGAAACGGAGAUGUUCUCCUCAUUGAAAACCUAUCCGAGGCAAUCGACCCCGUGCUUGACCCGCUCGUCUCCCGGAGCGUCUCAAGAAAGGGCCGUACGCUGUACGUGAAGAUGGGAGGUGAAGACGUGGAGUUCAGCAGCAGUUUUCGUUUGUUGCUGCAGACGAAGUUGCCGAACCCCCACUACAAGCCCGAGAUAGCUGCGCAGUGCACUUUAGUGAAUUUCACAGUCACCCCCGAGGGAUUAGAGGAGCAAUUCCUGGCUAUGAUAGUAAACGCGGAGCAACCGGACUUGGAGACGUCUAAGCAGGCCUUGACAAGAAAACAGAACGAAUUUAAAGUCACACUUGCUCAACUAGAAGACAAACUACUAUUUGAACUCUCAAAUGCAGACCCGGAACUCAUCCUUGCAAAUACCACUCUCGUCGAAAGCCUUGAGGAAACGAAACGAACAACCAAAGAAAUUCAAGAACAGCAAGCAAUGGCGAAGGAACGAGAAGAGCAAAUAAACAGAAGUCGCGAGGCUUAUCGCACGUCUGCAAAUGAAGCCUCUCUGUUGUAUUUCGUCUUAACUCGCCUCCGUAGCAUUAAUCCUAUGUACCAGUAUUCUCUGGACUCCUUCAUUACUUUUGUAUAUAAGGCGAUAGACAAAACAAAGGUCUGCGAAACGAUUCAAGAGCGUUGUAUAGAGUUGACGACCUCCAUCAGAACAACAAUAAUAACGUGGGUUGGCCGUGGUUUGUUUGAAAAACACAAGCUGGCCUUUCUAACGAUGUUAACGUUCGAAUUGUUAAGAGGAGGAAAACUAAAGGACUCCUUUGACCCACAACUCCUGGACUUUCUCUUAAGAGGUCCAACCAAGCAAGUCCCAGAAAACCCUUUAGCAGACUGGCUGCCGAACAAAGCCUGGUUUGCUGUUCAAAAGCUUAUUGAACUUCCCGGGUUCGAUAACUUUGCAACAAAUAUGCAAAAAGAUGCACCUUCGAGAUUUAAAGAAUGGUUCCAAGAACUUCAGCCCGAAAAAGUCAAACUGCCGCUCGACUGGAAAGCACUCGACUCCAUGCCUUUCAAAAAACUUCUC